AAAACUGGACAGAUCAGCGUUGACAGCUGACAGGCAGCAUUUCUGUAGAACAGCUAGCUACCUAACCUUGCUGGCGCCGGGUGGAAGGUGUUUAUUUGAUCAGUAUAAAUAAAGCAUGGAUGGAUAUUUGCAAUGUAAUGAUAACAGUGUGAACCUCAAAGAGCUACAUUGAUCUGUUCUAUGUAUGUCGCGAGUGCGAAAGCUAAUGCCAGUAACAGAACUACAAUACCCAUAGAUAGAUUCUCCACCUCAGUUGAAACGUCAUUUUACUACAAGGAAGUGGAGCUGUAGAGUUUCAGUGGGGAAUGAUUUUGUAAGCAGCUUAGAAAGACAGAGUUUUUAAAGAACGUCGUGUCGGUAGCAUGGACUCCCACACUGUCCCUCUUCCGAAUAGUCGAUGUAUAUAUGUGUUUCUAAAUUAAAUUCCCCUGAAACUAGGGUCUGUUGAUGAGCAGGGUGAACUUGGAUCGACAGACGUGAGAUAAGUGGCAGAACAGUGUGUUGAAAUGAAUUCAAAGCCAGACCUCUCAUUCAUUUCAAGAACCAGCUUGGAAGCUUGAAUAUGAAAGAAUAACUUGUUGAAAGGACCUCUGGGGUCUCGCCGCCCCCCGGGCUUCAUCAUGAGGAUGAUAGUGUUCUUCCUGGUUGGACUUCUGGUCCAUGUUGUUUUCUUCAUGUCCAUUUUUGACAUUUACUUCACGUCGCCCCUGGUCCAUGGCAUGGCCCCUCACGCAUCCCCCCUGCCCGCCCCUGCCUCCCGUCUGGUGCUGGUGGUUGCAGACGGACUCAGGGCAGACAGCCUCUAUAAGCCUGACGCCAAUGGAUCCACCAGGGCUCCUUACUUGAGGAAUGUGAUAGAGGAGCAGGGAAGUUGGGGUGUGUCACACACCCGUGUCCCCACAGAAUCUCGACCGGGCCAUGUGGCUUUGAUUGCUGGCUUCUACGAAGAUGUAAGUGCUGUCGCUAAAGGUUGGAAGGAGAACCCAGUGGAGUUUGACUCUGUGUUCAAUGAGAGCAGACACACCUGGUGCUGGGGCAGCCCAGACAUUCUGCCCAUGUUCGCCAAAGGAGCCACUGGGGGCCACGUCCACACACACACCUACCCUGCGGAGAGGGAGGACUUUGCCUCCACGGAUGCAUCCAAACUGGACUCCUGGGUCUUCGACCAAUUCAAGUCGUUCCUCCUCUCUGCCAGGGAGAACUCUAGCCUUAUGUCUAGCCUUCGGCAGGACCAGAAUGUCUUCUUCCUCCACCUGCUUGGCAUUGACACCAAUGGACAUGCCCACAGACCACAGUCACAGGAGUAUCUGGAGAACGUAGCUCUGGUUGACUCUGGUGUGAAGGAGCUGGUCUCCAUUAUGGAGGACUUCUUUGAAAACGAUGGAAGAACUGCUUACGUGUUCACCUCUGACCACGGCAUGACCGACUGGGGCUCCCACGGAGCAGGCCAUCCCUCUGAGACUCUGACCCCGUUGUUGGUGUGGGGAGCCGGGGUUCAAGCUGCCCAGAGAGUCCCUGAGCCUCAGAACUACCACGAUGGAUACCUGCAAGAGUGGAAGCUGGAGGGCCUUCGCAGACUUGAUGUCAAUCAGGCAGACAUAGCACCGCUGAUGUCCUCCCUUAUUGGAGUCCCGAUCCCCCUCAACUCUGUGGGCGUGCUACCGCUACAAUACCUGAACACAAGCGAUGUGUUUAAAGCUGAGAGUGUGUACACCAACGCCGUCCAGAUCCUGGAGCAGUUUAAGGUGAAGAUGGCUCAGAAGAAGGCAACAACGUUAUCUUUUCUCUUCGUUCCAUACCAGUUGCUGACGGAGUCCCGCCAGGCGGAGUUAAUCAGCAAGGCCAGGGUUCUGAUCCGGCUGGAGAAAUACGAGGAAGCUAUCUCUCUGUGUAGGUCUCUGAUUGGCCACGCGUUGGAGGGACUGACCUACUACCACACGUACGACCGCUUCUUCCUGGGCUGCAGCGUCGUGCUGGGUUUCACAGGGUGGACCUCGUACGUGGUUCUGGUCAUACUGAAAACACACGCCAGUCUCAGGAGACCACCCACACACACUGGGCAGGUGCCUGGGAAGACCCUGUGGAGGGUGGCUGUGGGUGUAGCUCUGCUGAUGGGGUUGUUCCUGAUGACUCAGAGGAGUCCACCAACCUACUACGUCUACUGUCUGCUACCCGUUCCUGUCUGGUACUCUGUCAUCAAAGAAUUGGGAACCCUGACAGACCUGGUUCGUUCGUACAGUUCUCUCCCACUGUGCAAAUGCUUGGGCUACUUUGUCCUGGUCACAUUUGGCAUUGAACUCCUGGUGGUGAGUUUCUUCCAUCGGUCCAUGCUCACUAUUGGCCUGGCUCUUCUCUCACUUUGGCCCCUCCUGUCUGGUAUCUACACCAAGGCCAGGUUCAGGUCAGUGAGCUGGGUUGUGGGUUGUUUGUGCCUGGCCUCGUUUCCCAUGAUGCCCGUGGUGGGGAGAGAACCCAAUGUUCACAUGGUAACCUGUGCAGGUAUUCUCUCUCUGUUCAUCUCUGCAUGUUACCUCUGGUCGGCAAGGAAACGGUCAAUACCACACUUGACUGACCGCUACCUCUUCAUCUCCCAGAUGUUCCAUGUAGCAGUGUGUGCCUAUGUCCCUACCAGCACCCACUCCAGCCUGCAGCUGAAACAGGGUCUCCCUCUGUCCAACCAGAUCAUCAGCUGGAUCACCCUGGGUUCCUCUCUGUUGGUUCCCCUGCUGAGUUCCACUCGUCUGUUCCAUCGUCUUCUCAGUAUCUUCCUCACGCUCACGGCUACGUUCCUGCUCCUCAGUACCGGGUCUGAGGCUCUGUUCCCCCCCGUCUUGUCCUGGCUGAUGUUCGUGUGGAUCAACAUUGAGCAGGAAGCCAUGCUUUCUCAGGGUAUCCCUGGGAGACUGGAGCUGUCCACCAUUGACUUCUCUGACAACAUUGACAUCACCAAGAUCAGACAACUGAAGCUGGAUGACAUCAGGAGAUCUUACUUCUUCGUUUUCUUCAUAAUUACAGCCUUCUUCGGUACAGGAAACAUAGCAUCCAUUAACAGUUUUGACCCAGCUUCAGUAUACUGCUUCCUCACAGUUUUCAACCCAUUUAUAAUGGGAGGCUUGAUGAUGUGGAAGGUGAUGAUCCCGUUUGUUAUCGUGAUGUGCACGUUUGAAAGCAUCCAGGUCACCACACAGCUCUCCUCCAGAAGUCUGUUUCUCAUCGUCCUGGUGAUUUCUGACCUUAUGGCGCUGCAUUUCUUCUUCCUAGUGCAGGACAAUGGAAGCUGGCUGGACAUUGGCACCAGUAUCAGCCAUUAUGUGAUCGUCAUGUCCAUGACCAUCUUCCUGAUGCUGCUCAGCCUGGUCACCCACGUCCUCACCUCCAGGAGGGUCAGCCUGUGUCGGACACGCAAGAUGCACUUCCCCUGAGGCACCGCGUAUCGGCCUGUCCUCGCCGCUACGAUGCCUGCUUAUUAACGCAGUGAAAGUGGAUCCGCCUGAAGUUUGCGUUCGCCCUGUCUAUAUAUUUAAUUGUCUGUCAUGGUCUGCUUUUCGUGCGCACUGGUGUUUUGACGCUAUACUGUAGGCGGUCAACGUUCAAACUGGCUAAUUAAAUUCGGAUACUGUGUUGUGGAACGUCAGCAGCCAGGUGUUCGAAUCCCGGCAGCGGCAUACUUACAGUGCCCCGGGGUCCAGCAGAGGACGGCGCCCAUUGGUUCAGAGAUGCUGGCCCGUCUGUAAUCAAGGGUGGAAUAUCAGACCGAUUCCCCCCUGGAGACUCCAUGCACAUGUCUGGUGCCUGUGAAGCAAAAAAUAUCAGAAACAUGAGAGAUGUAGGACAAGGUAUACUUGAAUAUUUGACAUUUUGCAUAUGAUCUAAAUACUGUUUUCUACUGUUUGUGGAAAAAAAGGGUUCUGGUGUAAUGGAUGAAGAGUAGCUGCAGUAACUUGAUUCAACACAAACUACUACUAAGGACAGCUGGAUGAGGCGUGUAUUUGUGUGUUAUGGUAUUAAUUGGUAUGGGAAUGUGUGGUAAAUAUGGGUUUUAAGUGAAGUUUUUUUUGCCACUGAUACUAUAUGAUGUUGCACAUGUUAGAGAUGUGAUGGAUUUGGGCAAAAGGCCUGUGGGAAUGUGGUGUAUUAGCAUGAAUGCAAUAAUUAAAUGCAACCAAGCUACUGUA